CCGUGAAAUUUUGAAACUUGGAAUGAUUAUUCGAUCAUGUGUCAUAAUGAAUGAAAAUUACAGUGCAAAAAAAUGAAUAAAAUAAUAAAUUUUAGAAUACUUCCACAGCUCAAACUUAUUUUGAAACGAUCAUGCCAUUGUCAUUGUGGUUCUGCAACACCUCCUCAAAGAUUUGGCUGUUGCGGUUUGGUUCCAGAGCUUCUUGCCAAAGCACCAUGUGAAGCCCUCUUCGUUGCUUAUAGGAGGGUCUGUGCAGACUUGGGGAAUGAGUUGAACCCAAUAGAUUGCAAAGAUGAACCAUGUGUUAAAUGGUGUGCUAAUCCUGAUAAGCUUUAUACACUUAUUAUGUUAGAUCCGGAUGCACCCUGCAGGGUUAUGCCAUCAUGUAGGAGCUGGUUACAUUGGUUGGUGGGCAAUAUCCCCUGCGGGGCAAUCGAAAGAGGAAGAACCAUUGCUUCAUACGUUGGUCCAGCUCCUCCAAGGAAUACAGGAUUUCAUAGAUAUACUUUUUUGGUAUACCAACAGUGUUGCGAAGUGAAUUUUAAAGAGAAAUUCAUCUCAAAUUGUUGCGUUGAAGGAAGACCCAAGUUCAGUUUAGAAUGCUUUGUACAAAGAUACAGUUUGGGAGAACCACAAGCUGGCAACUUCUUUAAAGCCGAAUGGGAUUGCUACGUUGAAAAUAUAAAUCGACAAUUGGGAUUAAAAUAACGAUAGAUUUAUUAUAACUUACCGCAAAACAUGAAAUACACAUUUGAUAUUCUA